CUGAAGCUUAUUCACAUCUGCCAGCCAGACUACCUUCGCACACAAUUACUCAUUCAAUCCACCAUGAGGCUUUUUAAUAGGAACCAAGUGUGACAGCGGCCAGCUCAUUGGGUCGCAGGGCAGAAAGUCUCUAACAGGAGGACAGCGUGAUAGAUUCACCCAGGUGUAGGUGAAAUGGUACAGCCCCAAGGCUGGGCAAACUAACUCGUGCUGUACUUGGGCUGGAGCGCAGCACUUUGAGUGAUGGCUCGUCAAACUAACAAUACAAACUGCAUUCAGGAGUCAGCCAAGCGGCUGGGGUGUCUCAGCAAUAUCAGACCCAUCUAUCUGUGAGCCACUUGGAACUCAGUGGAGAUACUGUACUCCGAUUAAAAUACACUGCAGUCACAGGAGAACAGACUGACAGACUUGAAGCAGGCUCUGACAAUUCAGAGGAACACCAAGUUAAGGGGAAAUCCAAAAUACGGGAGGAAACACUAGUUGGUUGGUUCUAGGCUUCCUCUGACUGUGUGAGGUUUAUAAUCCAGAGACGUUGUACUCAAGCUUCACUGGAAGAAACUGCAAACCAUGGGCUGGUUCACCGGGAAUCUAGUGCUCUGCUCCAGCUUGCUGCUUUUAGCUGCAGUGAACUGUCAAAGAGGAAAGAACAAUGUUCCAAGAUUGAAGCUCUCCCACAAAGAAAUGAUGGAAUUAAACAGCGUUGUCACUUUUGUUGGAAUUGCAAACAGCUCUGGUUACCAGACGUUCUUGUUGGAUGAGGAGAAAGGCAGACUCUUUGUCGGGGCCAAAGAUCAUAUAUUUUCAUUCAACCUGAUCAACAUAAACAAGGAUGUUUUGAAGAUUGUGUGGCCUCCAACACCCACCAGAAGAGAUGAAUGCAAAUGGGCAGGAAAGGAUCUUGUGAAAGAAUGUGCAAACUUCAUCCGGGUUCUGCAGCCUUAUAACCAAAGCCACCUGUAUGCCUGUGGAACUGGAGCCUUUCACCCAGUCUGUGCCUAUAUUGAAGUUGGUCAUCGACCUGAGGAAAAUGUAUUCAGGCUCGUGACAUCACACUUUGAGAAUGGACGAGGUAAAAGCCCCUAUGACCCGAGGCUGCUGACUACUUCCGUUUUAAUUGAUGGAGAGCUAUAUUCUGGUACUGCAGCAGAUUUCAUGGGCAGGGAUUUUGCAAUUUUCCGCACUUUGGGACAUCAUCACCCGAUAAGGACAGAGCAACAUGAUUCCCGGUGGCUGAAUGAACCAAAAUUCAUUGGUGCCCACUUGAUACCAGAGAGUGACAAUCCAGAAGAUGAUAAGAUAUAUUUCUUUUUUCGAGAAAAUGCUUUGGAUGGAGAGUAUUCAGGGAAAGCGACUCAUGCCCGGAUAGGACAAGUGUGCAAGAAUGACUUUGGAGGCCACCGAAGCCUUGUCAAUAAAUGGGUGACAUUUCUUAAAGCCCGUCUGAUUUGUGCAGUACCAGGACCAAAUGGCAUCGACACACAUUUUGAUGAAUUACAGGAUAUUUACAUCAUGAAAUCUAAAGAUCCCAAGAAUCCUUUCAUCUAUGGCGUCUUUACAACUUCCAGCAACAUCUUUAAAGGGUCAGCUGUGUGUAUGUACAGUAUGUCUGAUGUAAGGAGGGUCUUCUUGGGUCCAUAUGCCCACAGAGAAGGCCCAAGUUAUCAGUGGGUGCCUUUCCAAGGACGGGUUCCUUACCCACGCCCAGGAACAUGUCCUAGCAAAACAUUUGGAGGACUUGAAUCAACAAAGGACUUUCCUGAUGACGUAAUUACAUUUGCCAGAAGUCACCCAGCCAUGUACAAUCCAGUGUUGCCCAUCAAUAAUCGCCCAAUUGUCAUUAAGACGGAUGUAGAUUAUCAAUUCACACAGAUAGUUGUUGAUCGAGUGGAAGCUGAAGAUGGACAGUAUGAUGUCAUGUUCAUUGGAACAGAUGUGGGGAUAGUUUUGAAGGUGGUUUCUAUUCCCCGGGAGACCUGGCACGAUCUUGAGGAGGUUUUACUUGAGGAAUUAGCAGUGCUGAGGGAGCCAACACCUAUCACAACACUGAAAAUUUCUACAAAACAGCAACAACUGUACGUUGGCUCUGCACUCGGAGUCUCCCAGCUCCCAUUACAUCGAUGUGAUGUUUAUGGAAAGGCAUGUGCAGAGUGCUGCCUCGCUAGGGACCCCUACUGCGCCUGGGAUGGCUUCUCAUGUUCCAGAUAUUUCCCCACUGCCAAAAGGCGUACCAGAAGGCAAGACAUCAGGAACGGUGACCCUCUCACCCAGUGUUCUGAUCAACAUCACAAUGACAAUUUGCAUGAGCAUGAGAACAUGGAGGAAAAGAUUAUCUAUGGAGUGGAGAACAGCACCACCUUUCUAGAGUGUGUUCCAAAAUCACAGCGAGCUCUGGCAUACUGGCAGUUUCAUAGACAGACUGAGGACCAUAAAGAAGAGAUCAAAGUAAAUGACCGAGUCAUCAAGACAGAACAAGGGUUGUUAUUACGUAGCAUCCAGAGAAAAGAUGCUGGGAUCUAUAUUUGCCAGACUGUGGAGCAUGGCUUCAUGCAGACCGUACUGAAGGUGACGCUAGAAAUUAUUGACACUGAGCAUUUGGAGGAACUUCUGCACAAAGAGGUUGAUGAUAAUCUGAGGCCCAAGGAGAGUCACAGCAUCAUUGCUCCAAACCAGAAACUUUGGUACAGGGACUUCAUGCAGCUCAUAAACCAUCCUAACCUCAACACCAUGGAUGAAUUUUGUGAACAGGUAUGGCGGCGUGAGCGUCGCCAGAGGAAACAGAGACCAGCGCAUCCACCCGUAAACACCAACAAAUGGAAACACUUACAGGAAAACAAGAAAGGUAGAAAUAGGAGGACCCAUGAGUCGGAGAGACCACCAAGAAGUGUUUAACAAUAUACAACUUAAUUCAAACAAAAUGCAAUACAUACAUUAACGACUUCAUUGCAUUAUGUUGAUGUUUACAAGUAUAUGGGCUGCUCACCAGAUACACAACUGCCACCCAUUGUCUUUUCAUCCUCUUCAUUAUUUUUGUCAAUGCAGCAUGGUGACUGGAUUGUGUUUUAUAGUUGGACUGGACUUGCUGUUUCAACAUUACAUGCAACUGACUGAAAUCCACUAAUUCAAUUCCCCCCCCCCCCCCAGGAACUCAAUGUUUGUUGAUGCCAGAAUGUGUUAUAAACUGCCACUUCUAUCAGGUUUUAUGUGCGACGAUCACUGAAUUGCAGAUCAGAUGCAGAAAUCUAAGAUUGAUUUGUGAUUCUUUUACCUGCUUGCUGUUGGUUCAGGAAUGCAGAUUACACUGGUGAUGCUCUUGGCGUAAGUGAACUGACAGAGAUGACCAGAGAGCUUGUGAAGUGCCGCAUGUCUAUUCAGCUGGCUGUAUAUAGUUCCCACUUUGAACAAAAGACAAUGGACAUGCAGUUCAGACAAACAAGUCUACUGAUCAGAAGUGGAAUCGAAGUCAUGUGAGUGGCCAGGUUUUAGAUUCACUAAACUGACUAAGUUGACUGGAAUGUUUGCAGAGAGCACAGCCUGAGGAGUCGGGAGUGAUGCCACUCUAAUUCAGUCUAAGACAAGAACCCACAAGCAAACUUUUACCAAGUGUCAAUGCAUUGAAUUAUUACUUAAUGAUUCAUGAGAAUUAAGGUGCUGUUCAGUUGUGAAAGGCAAAUGCCCUUUUGAAUUUGAAAAGAACUUCAAAAUGUUUACUCAGGCAUAUCAAAAGACAUUUACAAUGUGUCCUGGUGAUGAUGCAUUUUAUAGAAAGUAGAUUUAAAGAAGGGUUUAGGAAUGGAACCAACCGGUAAUGUAUUUUCUUCUAUGAAAGAAAAUAUUUAGCUUCAGUGAUGGUCAAAUCAGUUAAUGUUGGUGAGUAAUGUCAUUCUGGGAGAGGGAGCUUUGAUUGUCACUUGCUUUGAGUCCAGUUAGUAAUAAAAAAAAAUCACCAGUUAAAUCUUCCAGAAAUAAUAUGGGGAACACUGUGCGCCUUCAAUAUUAACCCUUUGCUAAGCUUACAGAAUGAUGGACCAAAUCAAAAUUCAAGUUGAUCCCAGUGAUGGGUUAAAAUAACAAUUGCAUAGCUGGUUGUGGGAUGUGUGAUAUUCUUUUUGCUAACAUAAGUCUUCUAAACUUCAGAAAGACAAAUGUACUUCAAAAACAGGAGAGAUUACAAAGCCCCAAGCUCCAUGUAUUAAUAAUCAUUGCAUUGAAAAAAAUACUUUAAGCAAUGGAGAGGAGAUGGUGUGAAACUAGUCAACUGUACUUGUCGGUAAACAAUACAUAUUACAUUUGAGAGAUAUUAUUUGAAAUAAAAAUGACAAAAGAUGCUGUAACUUAACUGUUUAGGACUUUUCUUUUUGACCUGCACAGGUUACAUUUUGUAUCCUUUUAAAACUAGUGCAUAACAGUUCAAGUAUUUGACUGUUCCACAUUAAGGUUGAGGGCCCAGGAUUAUCCAUCACUUAAUUCACUUACUACCUCAGUUGUAUAAGAGAUUUUGGUCAUUUGCUGGUCAUUUGCCAGUCAUCUUACUAGAGGAUUACAUGAAAGCAAGCCUCUCUCCAUCUCACCCUUUUGCUUUCCCAAGGAAUAGGGAAGGAUGAAAAUAAAGUAAGAUGUUGCUUGUGUCAUUCAUUUCAAGGUGGGCGUUAGUGCAGUAACAUAGCAGCAGACUCUUGGAAAUCAAAGGAAUAGAUUGCAUCUCAGAGGCAGUUAAGGAAGGGUGACAAUGCAAGCCUAGCUAGUGAUACAUACCUCCAAUUAAAAAAUAAAAAGAACUCCCGUUGCCUGGAAGAUGUAUAAUUUCCUGAAAAUGGAGGCUGAGGAGGGGGAAACGAGACCACAAGAAAGCAUUUCAACACAAUCUCAAAAACAAAAGAGGUGCCACUGAAAGCCACUGCAAAAGUAGUUCACUUUAACAUUGUUCAAGAAGACAAAGUGGUUUCCAGAGCUCAAAGCUGUUUAAAAUAGCUUUCAUCACCAUCUGAGUUAUAUUUGAGAAUUACCCAUUCAGAAGGUGGACAAUCUACCUGGAGGGGCUGGAUAUUCAUCUUUCUCCUCAAAAGAACAAGCAAUACUGAGGCCUGUUAACCAGCGUCUUUCCUCCCAGCGCCAGGUUGCUAAUGCUCUGCAUAAGCUUCUGAAGUAUUCAGAUCACCACUGUAUUCUUUACCUUUAAUAGAUAUUAGUCAGAGCAAAAACUUGUCAGGUUCACUGGCAGAAUUUAAAUUGGUCUGGAAUGUUCCAAUAUGUCAAUGUCAGCUCAAAUACUUUCCUUAUCUUUAACUAGUUUGCUUCAUUUUAACAAUGUGUUAUUGUUAAAAUGGAUUUAUUUUGUCCUUUUGCAAUAAAUGAUAUAUUACUGUGGAGAGAUACCAUGGGCUAGAUGAUAUCAUUCUUACAAUCCCUUCCCUGAUGUACCACAGCUUUGUACUUGGGUGACAAUAAUGAAUUAACCCUGAAAGGAAGGGCAGUGAGAAUUAAAUGUUUCUGAUGGGACUAAACAUAAACCCAACAAUCCUGCAACAAUGCAAAUCAGAGAAAGCGUGUUAACGACAUGCCAACAAUCAAUGGGCUCAUAUUCUAGUGCAGCAAUAGUUUCAUGAUAAUAAAUUAUUGUUUAAAGGAAAGGUUUAUAGACCACAAACAAUGAGACAGAUAUCAGGCUACUUCGUGUGAUUUUGAUGUGCUUUGGUUGCAGGAAGAAUUCAUAGUUUUAUGGUCUAUUAAGAGGUACUGUGUAAAAAAUGAUGCAUGUGAACGUGCUUUAUAUAUUGGUUUCCUCUAGUAAACUAUAUUAGACAGUGAUCUUUAUAUUAUUUAGCAAUUAGCAAUGGUCUGUGUUAAAUAGUUCACCAUUUUGCUUAUCCACUUACCUAGACUGGUGUAUAUAUAUUUUUGUUAGACAAGAGGAACAAUAUUAUGUUUUAUUGCAAUGGUGAUAGUUAGUUUUCACAUGUAUGUACCAACUAUAUAGUGUCUAUAUAACCAGCCCAGAUGAAAUGCAAAAGGCUAUUUAUUUGGCUAUUCCUGAAGCAAGAAAUGUAAACUUCACAAUUAUUCAAAGCAUGUGUAUCUGGUAGAUAGUUGAUGAGUUUUUAUUUCUCUAUUUGUCACUGCAUUUCUAAGGGGUACCAUAAAACUGGAAAGGAAUAUUAUGAAAAUGCUGCUGUAAAUUAUUUCUUUUGGCAUGUAUUCAGUUGUUGAAUAAACUUUUCUUUUAAACUA